UUGGUGCUCCAGGCAAACGCUGUUUCACUACAUGGCCAAGAGAUGGCGCCAAAUAUAUAGCUAGGGGGUUUUGCCUUUUACACAAGUAGCUCAGUUUCAGUUUCAUUUAUUGAAUAGCAAAUAGUGAAGUAACCGACAGAGUAUAGAAAAGUCCAUCUUCAUAUUAGAACAUCAUCAAUCAUUGACAUUUUAUCCCAUAAUUCACAGUUCAGAUAAUUGUUUUGUUGUCGUUUCUGUCGUUGUAGCAACCGCACCACUGUGGGAGAAAUUGCUUUGUUUGCAGUCGGGCUCUGGGUCUUGUCGGCUGUUGCGUUGAUUAGCUAGCUAGUUUACUAACCUUUAAUCAUCCUAACGCUACAUAUCUGUUCGCAAUAAUGGCCCAUUACAGAGCUUCCGAGUCCAAGAGAGAACAAUUUCGAAGGUAUCUAGAAAAAGCUGGAGUUCUUGACAGUCUCACCAAUGUGUUGGUCGCCCUGUACGAGGAGCCAGAUAAACCUAAUAAUGCUUUGGACUUUCUAAAGCAUCACCUUGGUGGGGCUGGUGCUGAGCCAGGAGACACGGAGGCCCUUCGUCUGGAGCUAACUGAGCUACAGCAGAAGUGGGAUCUGCUCAUGGAGGAAAACAAAGACCUCAGAAACAGGCUUCUGCAGUAUGAACCAGCACCCGAGGAUGGAGCAGCAGAGUAGCGGAGGUGGUUGAAUUGUUCUUUUUGUCCACUGUUUUGAGAGAAAAAAGGCACUUUUUUUGUUAUUUCUUAGUAGUAUAAUGACACUAUACCCAAGGAUGGAAAAACUGUUAAUUGCAAAAGCAAUGUCUUUUUGUUAAGUAGUAUUUUCUGUGUACAGGCACUUGUUCAAUCUAAAGCGUCAACUGUUUCUCUCCAAUUUCAAGUCAAUAAAUACUAUUUUCAGCAAA